AUGGUAGGGGCCAUUUCUUCUACUGGAGGUGUUGGCAAGAGAGCUGGAUAUAGUUCUAGACUAUCUGGAUUAGGAAAUAAUGGUAGUAAGAAGAAAAGCUUCCAGAGGGGUUCACAUUCUAGAGGUUCCCAGAUGAGGAGUAACGCCCUUAGGAGUAUGGGUGGGCAGAGUCAAGCUUCGAGACAAGAUUAUACUCCUAUGGUAGCUAGAUCGAUUAGAGCCCCACAGUGUAGCGGGUGUGGGAGAUACCAUACUGGAGAGUGCUGGAUAUGUUUCAAGUUCUAUAAGGUUAGGCACAUUGCUCAGUAUUGCCCAAAGAAUACUCCUCACACCGAUCAAAGGUCUAUUAUUCCUGGUCGUGCAUUUGCUAUGACAAGGGAAGAGGCUAAAGCUUCCUCCAAGCUUAUCCAAGGUAUGAUUUCUUUAAGCAAUCAACGGAUUUCUGUUUUAUUUGAUUCUGGUGCCACUCACUCAUUUGUUUCUGAUGAGUGUCCAAAAGACUAA